CGUCGCUCCUUUUUGGUAAUGUCAACAGCAAGGCAGAUACUAUAAUCAGCAGCCGGGCGAAAUGAUUUGCCUCAAUCCUCUUAUUGCACUAAACGUAACUAUAGCUUCGCCAGAUUCAAGUGAGAUGCCAUAUAGCUAGUCAUAUUACUCGCCGCGGCAGCUAAAAGUUUAAUCUGAAUUCUGUUUUCAGAGUGAACUGGAGAUGUCUAGCUGCACCCAGUUGAACAUCCGACAGUGGACCACCAAGCAUGUAGCCAAGUGGCUGAAGGACGAGGGCUUCUGCCACUAUGUAGACCUGCUGUGCAACAAGCACCGUCUGGAUGGCAUGUCCUUACUCACCCUCAGCGAGUACGACCUACGCUCUCCCCCGCUUGAGCUCAAGGUGCUGGGGGACAUCAAGAGGCUGAUGGUGUCCCUCCGCAAGCUGCAGAAACAAAACCUGGACAUCCUGGAGGAGCUGGGGGUCCCGUUCGACGGACACUCCCCUCAGGGUGGCGGUGGGGACUGGCACUGCAAUGGAGACUCCAGUAGAGAGUGUGAUAACUCUAACACAGACACUGCACCGGUUGGGGAGCAGUAUCUUCAGUAUACAAAUGGGAAGUACAAGCAUGGAGGGAGCAGGAGGCUGGACCCUGAGUACUGGAAGACGGCGCUUAGUGCCAUCUAUGUUGUGUUCGUUUUUGGAUUUACCUCCUUCGUCAUGGUGAUCGUGCACGAGAGGGUGCCGGACAUGCGCACCUACCCGCCCUUGCCAGACAUUUUCUUAGACAGUGUACCUAGAAUACCGUGGGCCUUUGCCAUGGCAGAGGCAUGUGGAGUGAUCCUGUGUAAUAUCUGGCUGCUAGUUCUGCUGCUGCACAAGCACAGGUCAGUUCUGCUGCGGCGCCUGUGCAGCCUCAUGGGGACAGUGUUCAUGCUGCGUUGCGUCACCAUGUUCGUCACCUCUCUGUCAGUGCCAGGACAGCACCUGCAGUGCUCAGGAAAGAUUUAUGGUGACAUGUGGGCAAAACUGCAUCGAGCUCUGGCCAUCUGGAGUGGAUUUGGAAUGUCUCUCACAGGUGUCCACACAUGUGGUGACUACAUGUUCAGCGGUCACACAGUGGUCAUCACCAUGCUCAACUUCUUUGUGACAGAAUACACACCAAGGGGUUGGAACUUCAUCCACACCUUAUCGUGGGUCCUAAACUUGUUUGGGAUCUUCUUUAUCCUGGCGGCCCAUGAACACUACUCCAUCGACGUCUUCAUAGCUUUCUACAUCACAACCAGGCUUUUCCUAUACUACCACACGCUGGCUAACACCAGGGCCUACCAGCAGAGUCGCAGGGCCCGCAUCUGGUUCCCCAUGUUCUCCUUCUUCGAAUGCAACGUCAAUGGCCCUGUGCCCAACGAGUACGGCUGGCCCUUCUCUAAACCCGCCAUGAUCAGGAGGAUGAUUGGGUACUAGGUGGUAAAGGACACCUGUCUGCGACGUAGCCAGAAGGACAUUGAUCUCAUCUAAUAGACACUACUGGUCACUUUGAGCCCUGUCGUGCUAUUUUUGCUACUGCCCUCUGAAAGAAGUUGCUAACUGUGGUUAUGUGAUAUCAACUUUAUAUUCCAAUAUCUACAAGAGAUUGCUAACUGAGAUGGCUUGCGGGAUCCUAUUGGUGCCAUGGUGUGACCGGGUACAGACAGAGAUGUGACUCCUCAUAUUCUGUCCCAUGUCAGCCUGUUAAAAGGGAUUAAAGUAAGGCUUGUGUCUAAAUUGACAACCUAUUCCUCAUGUAAUGCACUACUUUUGACCAGGGCACAUAAGGCUCUGAUCAAAAGUGGUGCACUACAUAGGGAAUAGGGUGCCAUUUGGGACUCAAAUUUCAUCAAUUUUCUCUCUUCAUUUGAAAAGGGAUACGUUUAAAAAAAAAUGUCCCACAACUUUUGCCACAAGAUCAAUAAUCUGGUUACAGAUAUGUAUGUGCUUUAGUCAAUUCCUCUUCUGUUGUUAUGGUAUACAUUCUGUUUAUGGCAUGACGACAAACUCGACAGAGGAGUUGACUAAAGCACAAACUGAUCUGCUACUACCAGGCUACCAUUUCAAUGCUUAAGGGCUCAGACACACCAAUGGGGUUUGCUGGUCGGGAGUAGUUAGCACCUCUGAACAUAAUUUGCUAAACCAAGUGCACACUCAUUUUACAUGUAGAAUUGCUUGAAAAAUGUGAAUGAUCUGCAGACUAACCAAACACAUUAUUUUAAGUCAGUAAAGUUUGUUGAAAUCUAAAAUUCAACAGCGUUAGUGAAAUAGGCUAUUGUGUGUUCACUAGAUAUCCUGAGAAGUUAGGGCACUUUUCAUAAUAUUAUUGACAUGUUUCUUUCAAUGUUUUAUCUGGACUCUAGUUCUAAUACAAGUAUGGACCACCUUAAAGGCAAUAUCAAAACGUCACAGAUGAUACUGUUGCUGAAUUUAUGUAUAGCAAUAUCAUAGUUCAAGAUGUUGUGACCGGUCUUGUUACUUGUUUGCCAUUGUUUCUUUAGGUAGUGUGUAAAGCUUCUGCAUUCCUUAAGACACUACUGUGGUUUUGAUAGUAUUACUAGAAUGCUGAUUGAGUCAUUCAUGGCUCAUUUUGAAAUGAACUGUUUUGGUUUCCUUUAUAAUAUUUGUAUUGUUCAGUUAUUAUCCUGCCUUGUCCUAACUAGAUCUUACCGUAACCAGGGUUGUUACUUAGGAGAUCGCAAAAAGCAGCCAAAACUAUGGAAUGGAAAAUGGUGAACAAUUGUUUUAAAUACCAUUCCAUUUGCCAAUAGCUUUAGUUGUUAUAGUAACAUUGUCUGUGUAGGUAAUGCAUAUCUCAAAUAUUUUUUUUUUUUUAGUUUUGUACUAGCUUGUAAUUGACCAAGAUUCACGAUAAGAAUAACAUACAAGGAUAUCUACAAAGUAAUUGGGGGGAAAAAAUGUAUUUUUACUUCUUCCAUAGAUCCCUUGGACUUACUUUUGACUGCAUAUUAAUUUAUUUCAUUUGGUAUAUGUAAAUGCCAUUUUUUUUAAUAGGUAUUUGAUGUACUAAAAGGUUAUUGCAACAUGCACUUAAGCAGGAAUAUGUUUACAGUUGUGCGGAACUAUAUUUGUUUGAAACACAAUGUGCUUUUAUGUAUAGGAUUUAUUUCAGAAUCACCCUUUCACCCAAAUCAUUGAAAACAAAUGCAAAGCAUCACAAAGUCCCCCACAGUAACUCAAAUCAGGUCUGAAACUGCCAUUGAUGGUAUUGGUUACAACCCACUUAGUACAUAUUUGUAAAACAACGAAGUAUUACUUCCCACUGGGCACAAACGAGAGUUCAACAUCUAGUUAUGAUUUACAUUUGAUUGUGUCGUUGACUAACAUGAAAUUCCUUCACGUUUGAUAACAUUUUGCAAAUCCAAUCAGUUUUCCACGGUGAAUCAACGUCAUUACAUUUGAAUGCUUUUAUUGAAAUGGCAUAGAAACAAUGUUGUAUCAAUCAGUUUGAGUCCAGUGGGUUUUGUCCUAUAUCCAUCCCAUCAUGUUUUAUUUUGAAUUUCAGGUGUGGAAUAGUUUAUUUUUACUACUAGGCCUAGACCGUAACCCGAUACUAGUUGAGUCUUUACCUCUUCCCCCCCCCCCCCCCCCCACCUCCACCUUUCUUAUAAUUCCAACUAGUUCCUAAUGCAUAAAUCUUUUGGUUUGAGUAAUGCCAGCUCAUGUGCAUGCUAGCUAGGUAGCUAGCUGCAAAUUCAUAGUUUUCUGCUAAGAUGUUAGAUACAUACUUAUGAAUGAUGGCUUUUCUCUCUUGAAUUUGUUCUUAGUUGUCACUUUUAACCCCUCUUAAAAUGUUACUAAUCCUUAUCACCGGUGUGGUUAUAGCAGUAUGUUACUUAUCUUCAAGAUACAGUAAUUGACUACCAAUGUAAUGAAAAUGUAGCAAUAACAGCCAGUGUGGUUGUAUUGGGUUAAUCAAUAAUGUCCUGCAAAUGACAAGUGUCUUUACCAUCAUUAAACAGAAGAAAUCAA